AGAGAUACGUACGUCAGCUUUAUACUCAGCAACUUUCGCUUCUUUGAGGACACGAUCCCACCCUAACGUCAGGCAUUCUAUCUACGGCAUCACGACGACCUCAACGCACAAUAACCAGUCACUUUCUUCCCUAAACGAACUCUCAGCGGCCACCUUACGCCAUGUCUGCUUCCAGCGCUCGAGGGCACUAUGCCAACCCACCUUUGGAGGAUGAGGACGACCUGAUCGACCCUGAUGAUGCCGAUCUCAACGACUUUGACGACCCCCUUGCGACCAACAACCCUCGCCAGCCCUUAACUGGCAACAUCGGCUCCAGUUCAUCAUCGCGACCGCUCAACGAAGGUUAUUUAACAUCACGGAUCCCUGGAGAAGACCGAGCAGCCCCUCUGAACACAAUUGACGAGUCUGUCUGGGAUACGUUGCGACGCGACCUGCUCGCUGUCUGGGCCAAGCUUAGAGAGGUGCUGUACCCUCGUUACCUUUUGGGUGGCACCAUGUUCGACAGCGAGGGAGGCAUUCGUGGCGCUUACUCAAGCAUCCGCGGUGCCGGUCUGUCGGGAACAAGAGAGGAGCUUACUGGACUGGCCAGCCGCAUGGUCGAUGCUGAAGCUCUGCUUCAGAGCAACAUGACACCCGGUCUUCGUGAUUGGGAUCUUUGGGGUCCUCUCAUCUUCUGCCUUCUUCUCAGUGUUCUUCUGAGCUUCACUGCUCGUUCUGAACAGAGAGAUGCUGUUUUCAGCGGUGUUUUUGCUAUGAUCUGGCUUGGAGAGGCUGUAGUGACUCUGCAAAUCAAGCUGCUGGGUGGAAAUAUCUCAUUCGCUCAGAGCGUCUGUAUUAUCGGAUACACCCUUUUCCCUCUAGUCCUCGCUGCCAUGAUGUCUGCUUUGGGUCUCCACUGGAUUGCUCGUAUCCCCAUCUACAUUGUAUUGAUCGGCUGGUCUCUGGCUGCUGGUGUUAGUAUCCUGGGUGGUAGCGGCGUGGUCAAGAACCGAGUUUUCCUUGCAGUAUAUCCUCUACUGGUCUUCUAUCUUGGUCUGGGCUGCCUGUGCUUUAUCAGCUAAGCCCAAGCCAAAUCUGUGGCAAUGGAAAGAUGCGUUGAAACGCGGCUGCAAAAUGAGAAGGAAGGGCAGACUAAAAUGAUUGAUUUAGAGUUGAUGUACUUUUACCUGUAACGAAUGGAACUUUACUAGAAUUACAGUGCAGUUGGUAGGCGGCAAUUCAGUGAGGGAACGAUACUCGGGUCAUUAUGCUAGGUACUUAUUGGAAAACAUUGAUCAAUUUUGUCUUCUGAUAGUUCUUCUCAACAUACGGAUGAAAUAUGAGACAUGCGUCUUGGAAAUAAACCGUAUUAGAUACUGGCGUGUCAAGUAGAUACUGCGUGCUAUCGUUAACCGAAUUGGGUCUUGUCCUUAUGCAAGUGAGAAAAUACACGAGGAUGCAUUCGCGACCAUGCUGGGGGAACCCAGGCGCCAGGUCUCCACGACACAUGUAUGUACUUUCCAAGCCAAGCCAAUGCGAGA